AUGACAUUGUUUUCUACUAUACCGACUAUUUACUCUGCUUCUGAUGCCGCCAGUUGGACGAUGGCAGUUUCUCCUUUUUUGGAGCAAGCGAGCAAUGUGAAAUUGCUUCUUUCGGGGAAUAUAGGAUUUUAUGAGUUUUAUGUCGAUACGAAUCCAUUUGUCACUGGACUAAUUCUUGCACUCAUGAUUGGGGUUUUCCUGUGGGCAGUAUCUGUCCAAACAGGAAACACGUCUCAGGUGGAUCGCGCAUGGCCAAUUUUGCCAACUGUUUUUUCCAUCCAUUUUUUGAUCUAUGGGAUGUUGUUUAACAUUGCUUCCCGCCGACUGAUGAUUAUGGUGUUUUUGCAAUCGCUGUGGAGCGUUCGAUUGACAUAUAAUUAUUAUCGUAAGGGAGGCUACAAGCGAGGAGCCGAAGACUAUCGGUGGCUUACAGUUCGUGACAGUAUGCCGCCUUAUUUAUAUCCUAUCUUACAUUUUUUUUACAUUCACAUAUUUCAGACUCUUCACCUGUAUUGGCUUGCUUGUCCUACAUAUAUUGCGAUGCUAGCAGCCAACGCACGAUCCUUUGGUUUAUUGGAUUGCGUUGCUCUAGAGUUGUUUAUGGUUACGUUUGCAAUAGAAAUUAUGGCUGAUCAACAGCAAUGGGAUUUCUACCAAGCACGAGAGCUGUAUAGUAACAAUGAAGAGCUUCCCGGAAAUUUGAAUUUCGAGUUAAUGACACUUGCAAAAGGCUUCAAUACCUAUGGUCUUUUUAAAUGGUCGAGACACCCCAAUUUUUUGGCUGAACAAGUAAUCUGGUUUGUUUUUUAUUCCUUUGGAGCGAUUGCCUCAAAGACCUGGGUUAACUGGACGAUUUUGGGACCUUUGGGGCUUGUCGGUGUGUUCCAAGCAUCGACGCGGCUAACGGAAAUGAUUUCUUUAAAGAAAUAUCCCCUAUACUCCUUGUAUUCUCGAAAGGUCGGUAGAUUUUUUCCACGACUUGAUGGUUCCCACUGGGAGCCAAUUGAUGAAGAUUCCUCUUUGAAAACAGAAUAA